UUCAGGUCCACGCUCCUGGCUCAGUCGGUCCCCAGCUGCCGUGGGGCGAGUGUCGCUGUGUGCUCGGACUUGUGUUCACUUGUAACUGGACAGUCCUGAUUAUAUUCAAGGCGCUCUGGCAUUAAAUUGUAAACAACAAAUGUGAUGACUAGUAAAGCAUGUGACUGCGACGAAAAUGUAAAACAAUAAUAUAAUAAAAAAAUUAUAUGCAACUUUGCGCGCGAAAUUUUGCAUCUACCACGGGAAGGAAAAUGAAGAGUUGAUGUCACGGAGAGAGCGAUUGGCAGUAGACAGUGAUCCUAUCGUAUGCCAGGGGCCCCCGACCCUAUCUCUGGUAUCUCUGGAUAUUAACCCUAGUCCUGAUAUUCCCUCUGGUGCUUCUGAUUCCUCAAUGUCUGAUACACGUGGAGUCGACGAUGUUCCCUUACAGGAGCGUGAGCCCUUAGUGGCGGCCCCCAGUGGGUUGUGGUGCAGCAUGCGGGCGUGAGUAUGUGCGCCUGCCUGUGGGCGGGGGUGGUGGGGGCGGCACAGUACCUCCUGUGGGAGGCUGCGGCGCUGGUGCGGCCCCCAGCCCACGUGGUGCUUGUGGGCUUAGACUCUUCCGGAAAGACCACGGCGCUCUUCCGUCUCCGAUAUGGACAGUACGUGAACGCCGUGCCCACUGUGGGCUUCAACACGGAGAAGGUGCGUGCCGGGGGCGGUCACUGGCUGGUGUGGGACGUCGGGGGCGCAGAAAGGGUACGGCCACUUUGGCGUUCCUACACCAGGGCCACAGAUGCCCUAAUAUUCGUGGUGGACUCUAGCACCUGCGAGGAGCGUCUGGAGGAGACGCGGGUGGAGCUGCAGCGCCUGACGAAGCAGCAGACGGCACAGUGUGUGGCGCUCAAUCGGCCGCGCCCGCCCCUGCUGGUGCUGGCCAACAAGCAGGACCUGCCGGGGGCCAGGGAACCUCAGCACCUGGCCAAGGCCAUGGGGCUGCCCGAGCUGCCGGACUCCCAGCCCUGGGUGGUGGCCCCUGCCUGCGCCGUCACCGGGGAGGGGCUGGACGAGGCCAUGGCCAUGCUUCACGAGCUCCUCACCAAGACCAGGCAGGCCAGGCCGUGACCAGCUAACUAAGCCUUCAACACUGAUGGUAUAACUUCAGGCCAGGCCAGAUUUUCCCUAAACUGCAAGCUUUGUCAUGUCUCGUCAACUGAUGCCCCUCAACCAUCAGCUUUACCAAACCGCCGCUGUUUCUGGAGAAACCAAACUGUGAUGGUCUGGGAAUCAUCUCUGCCCAGAGUCUCUAAGUGACCAGGUUACCACAAGACCACACCGGGGACCCUUGAGGACUAAGCGCUCAUCUUGCUUCUUCUCAGGAAAAAUUUCCGUCAAGUUGUGAUCGUCCGAGAGACUUGCUUCCCAUCUGAGCCACUGACCCAACACGGGAUGACAGAUGCCACGAGAUCACUGUGGGUCCAGGAGCUAGGUGACGGUGUCGUGGCCAGCUCACGCUGUGCUACCAUCCAGGGUGACUUGUUCAUUACCAGCGGCAAUACCCCACGAAUCCCUUCAGUUGUUUUGCUUUUCGUUACGCUUGUAAGUGACUCGUGACUCGUAAGUGAUCACGUGACUCGUUCUCAAGGAUGAUGAUGCCCAAGGCUGAGGCGGAAGGUCUGUGAUGAACAUAAUAACUAUAUGAAAACUUUGUGGAAUCAACCUUGGGUAAUCAACGGGAUCCCCUACUCUUGACAGCCUGCCUGGGGUAAUCAACGGGACCCCCUACCCUUGACAGCCUGCCUGGGGUCAUCAACGGGACCCCCUACCCUUGGCAGCCUGCCUGGGGUAAUCAACGGGAUCCCCUACCCUUGACAGCCUGCCUGGGGUAAUCAACGGGACCCCCUACCCUUGGCAGCCUGCCUGGGGUCAUCAACGGGACCCCCUACCCUCGACAGCCUGCCUGGGGUCAUCAGUGGAACUUUCCCGACUCUGCGGCCUACCUGGGGUCAUCAACGGGACCCCCUACCCUUAAUGUCCGGCCUGGGAUCAUCAACGGGACAAUUGGCCUGUCUGGGGUCAUCAACAGGACCCCCCCCACCCCCACCCAGCGACCUGCCUAGGGUUAUGAACGGUUCACCCUCGACUCCUUACCUUGGUAAAAUCAGGUCCGGAACCGCACAAUUCCAACGGUUCAAUGUAGAUAUUGUUUGAUACAAUUACACCCAUGCAUUAUUACUUUUUUAGUUUCUAUUAUGUUCAUAUAUAAAUAGCAUUUAUACAUCAAUGGCGUAUAUUGCAUACAUGUGUAAGGCAAGGCACAUCCGCUUGAUUUGUGUGGCGUCAGCGGGACCAGGGAAGCAGUGUUGAUUGAUGAAGAUUAAGCCACCCAAGAGGUGGCACGGGCAUGAAUAGCCCGUAAGUGGUGGCCCUUUUGAGCCAUUACCAGUAUCAAGAGCUGAUACUGGAGAUCUGUGGAGGCGCAACUGCACCCUGCGUGGAAGCAGUGUUGAUAACGCAAUGUGGUCGACAUGGGAAUGAAGCUGAAAUUAGGCUUAACUAUGCAAUUAUUACCCGCGUGUUGGAAACCGGAAGUUGUUUUCGGAUACGAAAGAGCUUUAAAUUACUAGAUAUAUAAGGACCUUGUUCAGAGAAUGUCACGAUAAUUUGUUUUGUGUGUGGGGUUGGACUUACUCACAAGGACUCCAUCACUUGACUCAUUGUAGGAUACACACAGAAAUCACAAUGGCGUGAUAUAUCAAAUGAUCAAAUCCACGAGAAUUGUGGAAAUCCACAAAUAAACAAAUCACGACAAACCAUGUCGUGGCACAGUCGAUUAAGGCGCGUCUGGGAUCAUUCCAGACGUAAGUUCGAACCCUCAUCACGACCCUUGUGGAUUUGUUCAUUUGAUUGUAGGAUAUUCAUGUGUGAUCUUAUGAACUGUUUGGUCUGUAUCAACUUUGAUUUAAGGUUGUAUGUUGUCUUGAGGAUAAGAUAGACUUAUUUCAAUAAAUGUUGAAACCACAGUAUAGUAAAUAGUUUGUGAUCGAUGGUGUCCAGGAUUACUUUGAUUAUUUUGAUGUACUGUAUAGUAUAUGUAUCUGGCAGCCUCCCCAUCACUUAGGGACCCUCAAACGACCGUAUCUGGCAGCCUCCCCAUCACUUAGGGACCCUCAAACGACCGUAUCUGGCAGCCUCCCCAUCACUUAGGGACCCCUCAAACGACCGUAUCUGGCAGCCUCCUCAUCACUUAAGGACCCUCAAACGACCGUAUCUGGCAGCCUCCCCAUCACUUAGGGACCCCUCAAACGACCGUAUCUGGCAGCCUCCUCAUCACUUAGGGACCCCUCAAACGACCGUAUCUGGCAGCCUCCCCAUCACUUAGGGACCCCUCAAACGACCGUAUCUGGCAGCCUCCCCAUCACUUAGGGACCCCUCAAACGACCGUAUCUGGCAGCCUCCUCAUCACUUAGGGACCCUCAAACGACCGUAUCUGGCAGCCUUCCCAUCCAUCAAUCUCCGACACACCAAACAAGUUUCUCAAGUUGCGAGUCGGAACUAAUAACUUUAAAAUGAGUUGGUCUGCUGAACCAGUUUUAUUUUUUAACGAAUAUAGAAGCAAGAAAAACACGCAACACAAUGACUAAAGAUUAAUUUACGCGACAAAUAAUUGAAAGCCGAUGAGCUUCUAAAUCCUGAUUUGGUCACUUUUUUAACUUGUGUAAAACAUGUUUUCUGCAGGAAUUGAAGGAGAGAAGUAUACAGACCAGGUCUUCCUUCGGGUGUCCUUAAGAUACUGCUACAAAGUUCAGGUUACUCUUCAUGACCUAAGAAUCUUAAGACCAGGUCCCACUGUGAGACCUGAAAAUUUUUAACUCGUAUCUUGAAGCUCUUAAAAGCAGAUAAACUCCUUUUAACUUGGAGUUUAUCCAAGCGUUGGCGUGGGUCUCCUUAAGGCUCCUACGAGCCGGUCGGGUCUCCCUUGGGGACCCUAAGCGCAGGAAUACUAGGAAACCUGUAAGUUAACCGGUAUAAUUCUGGCAGUUCAUGUUGUUAGGUUUCCUAAAGAUGAAACUUGUAAGCUUAAGAAGAAAAAUGUUAAUCUAGAAGUAAUAGACAAGUUGUCCUUAGAACGUUGUAUACGUUAGGAAGAGGAGUGAGGGACGGGCGUGCCAGCCCCGCCUGCUACCACCCUCACCAUAAUCCCUGGCUGCCCCGCUUACCUCCGACGGGAUCCUGGCCGAACCUUGCGACCUAACCCAGGAUGCCUAAUUGUACACUUCCUUGUGCAUCUCCCAAGGUUAUGGAGGUCAGAGGGGUGACAAGACCCACUGCUCCGUCUCACUCCGGCUAGCUCACAUUAGUGCCCUUCCCCUCGCCUCCGAUAUGAGCACCUCCCUAGCCCCGUUACAUGAUCCAAAUAUAUAAUUAUGGAAUAUCGUGAAACAGUUUGCAACCAAGAAGUUGGAGUUGGCAGCAAGGCAUCGUUACCAAAGUAGGGAGGAGAAUGGAAGUUAUAAUGACGCCUCCAUAUCAUCUUGGUGGUUCCUACUGACGACAAUAACACCGUCAAGUGUCAGGGUCAUUAUGGAAGUGUCUUCAACCACUGAAGUUGUUUGCGUCCGGUGGUGGAAGCUGGAAGCCAACAAUGGUCGCCUUUAUGUAACCGGUGUUGGGCCAAACACGCUCCCUUGCCUCUCGUUGACUCUCCUCGUUCACGGCCUCUCUCUCUGAGGUAUUGAUGCACUCACGCUCGGCACACACGGGCCGAGCAGGCCGAGCACCAGGCCCCAUACCAACCAGCACGGAAACUGACACACAAAGAAGAAACCGUGUCGCAACUUUUUAUGUACGUGUGACUGGCCGUGUUGUGUGUACCUGCCUGGAGUUCACACCUGGCGGUGCUGGGAAUCCGCGUCUGGGCCCUCGACGUGCAGCAGGGGGUCCGAGACCUUAAUGACGAACAUAAACGACGAUUUGUCCGCGUGGGAAACUGCUCACGGUGGGUUUCGGUGAAACAUUAUGUAUCUUCGUCCUGCCCGGUAUUGGAAGCUGUCCUGGUGCCUACAGGAAUGUAUACCGAUGCGUGGCCCUAUUGGCAUCAAGCUGUGACCUGGAGGAUGCUGGCCCUGGCCUGUGUGAGAGAGAGACCGUAGCUGUCACCGAGUAGUGAACAGAAGGCAGCUGUUAAAUGCACACAAAACAGUGCCCCCGGCGACCCUCUCAACCUUCCAGCCAUUGUUAUGGCGAAUUCUGUGGGUAUCGCAGAAAUUGAGCCCCUUGAACUGGAGCCAAUGGAGGGAGGCAGGGAGGCCGGUCAGAGACGGAGGAAAGACGAAAAUGGAGGGAUUGGUGGAGGCCGGAGAUGGGGGUAUUGACGGCAGCCAUGUGUUAAUACCCAAUGAGAUGGUAGGGAAAGAAUAGGGUAAAGUGACAUGUACAUUUGCUCUACUACCUCGCCCGCGAGUCUCAGUUUUCUCUCUCCCACCCAUUUGUUUAUAUCUCCCACAAUCUUCGAACAAACUGAAACACGAUGUUUAAAACCAACUGUGGUAAACGCAGCCAGGUGCAUGAUGCAGUGAGUGAUGUUGGUGAGAAGUUAGUGUCACAAGCGUUUGUUUACACUUGUCUUCCCUAGCUGAGGAACAUGACAAAGGCUCUCACAGUACAUCAGACGGCCUUGAAGUAACACGGGACUUUGUAAUUAUAAACGUCUUCAACAGCGUUGGCAUUUGCUUAAGAUUAAUUGAUUUUAAAUAGAUAUAUAUUUAAAUAUAUGUUGCUACUGUAUAUAUUCGAAAUGAUUAUAGUGUCUGGCUGGUGGGUUGUUUACACACGGUGUUUAGGAAGACGAUGAUAAGCCUUAUUAAUUUUUAUCUUAAGACUGUAGGGUGUUGCAGAGAUCUGUAGUUCUAGCAACUGAACUUUGGCCGACUACCCUCUCCUGAGGUAGCAAAGCAACUGUGUGUGAAGCUUAGCAUACUACAUACUACCGCUAACACAUGUUUAGUUUAGGUAUACUAUUGCUGUAUUUAUAGCUUUAGUAUAUUAAAACUAUUCAAAGCUUUGGUAUUCUUCAUCUGAUUUUUACGUUUUUGUAUACAUCCGUUGUAUUUUAAGAUUCAGUAUACUACAGCUAUAUUUUAAGCUUUAGUCUAGACCACAACAAAUAUUUGCUGGAUAUGAAUUCCUAGGCUAAACAUCUUUUGAUAAGAUGCAGUUUAUCUGGAACACAAACCUGAACAUUAAUUUCAUAGAUGAAUUAUGAACUAUUUAAAAAUAAAUUUAUUUCAUAAAUGCAUUAUGAACAAUUUAUCUGAAUAAAUCUACUCCACUGAUGUAUUUCGGGCAAUUUGUGAAUAAAUUUGUUGCAUUAAUGUAUUGUGGACAAUUUAUCAAGACUUAAAGCGAGAAGUUAGUAUCUUUGUGUCUAAUGAUCAACUUCCGGAAAAUAUAUAACACUGAAAACAUAUUAUACAUUGCGCCUAUAUAUUAUUGGUCCGGAAUAAUAAAUGGUCUAUUGUUUGUAUAUUGGUUAUUGUAAGGUUCUGAGUGGAAGGUUUAGACUGUACGGUGUUUGUUUAAUAUGUACCCUGUGAUAAGCCAGUCAUGUAGCACUGUACUACAUCAUAUUGUAUUGUAUCAUAUUGUAAUGUCUUAUGAGAUUGUAUUCAGUGAAAGGUAAUGUUAAUUAAGGCUAUUUUUAAGGCUCGAGUCUCUUGAACCACUUACACACACACACACACACACGCACACACACGCACACACACGCACACACACACACACACACACACACACACACA